UUAUGUAAUAAUAAUAGAGAAGAGAAAUUAGAGCACCAGUCUCUGUUGCUUUCUACUGGAGAUUUUAUCGCCUCUAUCUAAUCUAAAUAAACAAAAAAAAGGAGGCAUUUUUUUUUUCCUUUCAAGAUCAAAAUCAGCGUUUUUCGAGGCAGGUUAUCUCAUCCGGUCCUCAUUACUAAUGGGUGAUCCAGAAAAUGCUGCAUCAAAGAAGAGGGUUGCUGGGAGACAAAUUUCAAAGGAAAACCCCGAGCUCGAUGAUGAUGGUCCUGAACCAGAAAUGGGGACUUUCCAGAGAGCCAGUGAUGAAGUAUUAGCAACCAGGAAAAUUGUUAAAGUUCGACGCUCUCAACCUGCACCAGCUUCUUCCAAUCCUUUUGCUGCUCUUCGAUUGGUUCCACCAUCCGAUGCCAUUACCAAUGCUGCUGAUGCUACUGCUAAGCCUGAGAUUGCUAGUGAUAAGACGGAAGUAAAAGAUGGUGCUGAUGAACAACAAGGAAAAAGUGAAGAGAGUACAGGAACUGAAAUCAGAACUUCAGUUGACGAAUCAAAAGGAACAGAGGAUAAUGACAAGAGAGUUGAAGAGAAAACUGAUACAUCAUCUGUGAAGGUUGAUAGCAAUGUGGAUUCUGAAAAAGAUGUAAGAAAUGGAGAAGUGAAUAAUGAGAAAGCCGAAGAAGGAGAAGCUAAGGAUGAUGAAGAUGAAACUGGAAAGAUACCCAAUGAAAAGGAAACCGAAACUGACAAGGCUAGGAAAGAAACACCAGAAGAAGAUAACAAAGAUGGAGAUUCAGCCAAGCCAGCUGCAUCUUUUAGUUCGUUUCAACAGUUAUCUAGCAGCCAAAAUGCCUUCACAGGGCUCACGGGUACUGGAUUUGGAACCUCUUCAUUUUCAUUUGGUUCGGUAUCCAAAGAGGGACCAACUUUUGGUGCAAGUUCUGGGUCCUUUCCUUCUUUUGGGACUGGGGUCUCCAACAAUGGAAGUUUUUCAUUUCAACAGUCUGCUUCAAAUGUUGUUAAGAGUGAGAUACCAGCAAUGAAGGAGGUGCCCAUUGAAACCGGUGAAGAGAAUGAGAAGGCGGUAUUUACUUCCGAUGCUAUAUUGUAUGAGUAUUUGGAUGGAGGAUGGAAAGAGAGAGGAAAGGGUGAACUCAAACUGAAUGUUUCUAUGUCUGAUUCGGAGAAAGCAAGGGUUAUUAUGAGGGCUAGGGGAAACUAUAGGCUGAUAUUAAAUGCAAGUCUUUACCCAGAUAUGACACUUGCUAAUAUGGACAAAAAAGGUAUCACUUUUGCUUGCGUCCACAGCGCUGGAGAAGGGAAGGAUGGGCUUUCUACAUUUGCCCUCAAAUUCAAGGAUAGUUGUCUCAAGGAGGAGUUUCAAGGAGUUGUAGAAGCUCACAAAGGAAAGAAGGCUGCAGUACUGAAGACACCUGAGAAUUCUCCCAAGGCGUCCGAUGACUAAAAUGGAACAUAUUCUUCCUGUGGUAACUUUUUUCCUUUUCAUUCCAUUGUCUUGUUUGUGAUGUCUCAUUUAUUUUUUAGGUUUAGUCUUACGGGUUACAUGGAACUUGUCUGUUACUGAGUCAGUCUUAGCUCGUAGAUCAUAGUAAUUUAUUGUUCAAUAUUUGAGAGAGGGCUAAGUACAAUUCCUGUUGUGAUCUUGUGUUGUAUUGCCCAUCAUUUUGUUUUUGCGGAUUAUCUAAUACUAUAUGCUGUGUCGAAUUUCAAGAGGAACCAAUAGGAACAUCACAAGGUAUUGUGUAUGAAAUAGAAACUUCUCGUGCAUGUUUGAAA